AGAUGACAUCCGGGUAUUUUUAAAUCAUGGCCGCCAUCACUGUAGGUUUCCCAAAGUGAAGAUUAUAUUGAAGUUCAAGAUGAUAUGAAAUCAAGAUGAAAAUAGAUAGAACAAAACUCAAAAAAGGCAACUCAGAGUUGCCGGCAGAGUGCAGAAAUCUCAUAGAUAAAUUGAAAAUUUGUGGACGCGAUGGCUUGGUUACAGAGCUUCAGAAAGUGAAAACAUGGACCUAUGGCAAGUGUGAGUUGUUCCACUGGGCAGAUGUCCUGGAUGUGUUUGAUGAGGUGUUGGAGAAAGCCUGCAGGAAGGAGCAGGACAAGCAGUGGGUCCUGCCAUGUGACAUGGAGGGGAAUGAAAAGGAGAAGGACCUGUUACUGAGCGUGUUACAGUUCACAGCCUUACUGAUAGAGCAUAGCUUCUCCCGUCACCUGUACAACUCUAUGGAGCACCUGACCACCCUGCUGUCCUCCAGUGAUAUGACAGUGGUCCUUGGGGUCCUUAACCUGCUCUAUGUCUUCAGCAAGAGGUCCAACUUCAUAACCCGCCUGGCUGCAGAUAAAAAGCAAGCCUUGAUUGUCAGGCUGACACACCUGGCAGAGAGUUGGGGUGGCAAAGACAAUGGUUUUGGUUUAGCGGAGUGUUGUCGUGAUCUUCCAAUGAGUAGCUAUCCCAGCACUGCCACCACUUUACACUUUGAGUUCUAUGCUGAAGCUGCUGAAGAAAAAGCAGGAAGCAAGAAGAAUACUUCUACAGUGUUGAAUACUAUCCACAUAGAGGGUGUGGACCAGAUCCAGAAACUGCCUUCCCAGAUAAUGGAGGACCUGCUUGCCAAAUUCAAUGUGCCAGAGGAUAAAAAGGUCUUGCUGUUCACCCACAUCAGAUUAGCCCACUCAUUCUCAAGACAUGACAGAAGAUUGAAGUGUGUGCAAGCAAGGUUGCAGGCUAUUUCUAUAUUAGUGUAUUCUAAUGCCAUUCAAGACAAUGUCAACUCAUUGCUGUACACUGGUCUAAUAGAAGAACUAGUGGACAUUGUGGAGUUAAAGACUACUCAACUAGUGGAAAUAAAGGCAGCAGCACUGAGGACCUUGACAUCCAUCAUACAUUUAGAUAGGAAUCCAAAGUUGAAUGCAAUUAUUGAUGUAACUGGUGCUUCUUCCUACCAUGGCUUUUUACCUGCUUUAGUCAGGAACUGCAUACAACAUAUGAUAGAUCCACAGUUGGAUCCCUACCCACAGCCAUUUGCCACAGCACUCUUCUCCUUCCUGUACCACUUAGCCAGUUAUGAAAGUGGUGGGGAGGCCUUAGUGUCCUGUGGUAUGAUGGAGUCCUUACUCAAAGUAAUCAAUUGGUAUGGGGAUGGACAGGAACACAUCACAUUUGUGACCAGAGCUGUCCGAGUAGUGGACCUGAUUACCAACCUGGACAUGGCAGCUUUCCAGUCUCACCAGGGACUCACAGCAUUCAUCAACAGGCUGGAGCAUGAAGUUGAAAUCUGCCGUAGAGAACAACCUUUUGUCAUCCGACCCACCAGGAGUGAGUCCAUCUCCAGUAUUGAGUACCCCCACUCUCCCAUGUCCCCGGGGAGGUCAGCCACCACCACCCCCAUGGACACCGACCAUGUUACCAUGACAACCAGUGCGUCAUCAGUGGAGGGCACAGAGGACCACAGUGGAACUACUGCUGCUGCAGCUGCGGGCGUCAACCAGGGUGCUUCGACUUCAACUGGGACAGACAAUGAGACUGUUUCUUCACAAAAGACAUGUGAACUGCCGGAUUACAGUGCAGCCAAAACAGGUUUUCAGUGCUUCCCCCAGAGGGCUGCCCUCUUGAAGUCUAUGUUGAAUUUCUUGAAAAAAGCAAUUCCUGAUCCAGCAUUCUCGGAGAGCAUUAGACAUUUGAUGGAUGGCUCUCUGCCAAGAUCUCUGAAACAUAUUAUUAGCAAUGCAGAGUACUAUGGACCUUCUUUGUUCCUGUUAGCCACAGAUGUUGUGACAGUGUAUGUAUUCCAAGAACCCUCUCUCCUCUCCUCUCUACAAGAUAACGGACUCACAGAUGUCGUCUUACAUGCUUUGCUCAUUAAAGAUGUCCCCGCCACCAGAGAAGUUCUUGCCUCUCUGCCCAAUGUAUUCAGUGCUCUGUGCCUGAACACCCGAGGCCUGCAGUCAUUUGUGGAGUGCAAACCAUUUGACCGUCUCUUCAAGGUGCUGCUCUCACCUGACUACUUACCAGCCAUGAGGAGGCGGAGGAGCUCAGACCCACUGGGAGACACAGCCAGCAAUCUGGGCAAUGCCAUGGAUGAACUGAUGAGACAUCAACCCUCUCUCAGGACAGAGGCCACCAAGGCUAUUAUCAAGCUGUUGGAGGAAGUCUGUUCCAUGGGCCAAGAUGUCAAGUACAUUUGCCAGAAGCCGGCUCCAAAGGCAGAACUAGCAGCAGCAAUCAACCUGCGGCCUCCCACACCCAAUGAUGCAGGCUCCUCAGAGGACGAGGAUGAUGAAGACGAUGGCGCCAGCACCACCAGUCAGACCAAACCCACAGAGCCAUCUGGUGGAGAGGGCACAGCUCAGGAUGGAUCAGCCCCCUCUACCUCCCAGGAAAGAAUUGCAAUACCCUUAAUGGAUUAUGUUCUCAAUGUGAUGAAGUUUGUGGAGUCCAUCUUGAGCAAUAACACCACAGAUGACCACUGCAGGGAGUUUGUGAGCCAGAAAGGGCUGGGUCCACUGAUGGGCAUCCUGGGCCUCCCCAAUCUCCCCAUAGACUUCCCAGCCUCUCCAUCCUGCCAGGCAGUGGCCAGUGUAUGCAAGUCUGUGCUGACACUGUCUCAUGAGCCACAAGUACUAAAACAGGGCCUGCUGCAAUUGAACGAGGUCUUACAGUCCUUGGAACCUCUGCACAAACCCCUGCCGCCCCCUGGUGGCUCUGUGCUGCUGCGGGAACUGGUAAACUCCAACAAUGUCCUUGAGGCCAUUCACUCUGCCAGUGCCACCCCCUUGCUUCAUGCUGUCUCUUCAGCACAUGCCUAUAUCAUGAUGUUUGUGCAUGUGUGCAGAGUGGGGCAGAGUGACAUCCGUAGCAUCUCUGUGAGUCACUGGGGCUCUGAGCUGGGGCUUCAGGUCCUCAAGGGUCUUAGCCAGCUGUACACAUCUCUGGUGUGGGAGAGUACCGUCCUCCUCUCCCUGUGCAGCGAGGACAUCCUUCCACCCGGCUGUGAGUUUGGCAAAGUGGACAUGGAGAAACUUUUGCCCAAGGAUUUUAAGGUGGAAAAAGAGACCAAGGGUGGGGAGGAGGCUGGUAAACUGACCAGAAGCAGUGGAGAGACAGGCAGUAAUGGGGUCAGUGCUGCCAUGGAAACGUUGACCACAUCAGAAGCGGCAGACAGUCCCAUGGACAUAGACAUUGUGCCCAGCACUGCUGGGGGAGAGACAGAGGGGAAAAAGCAAAAAAUAUCAGCCAAAUUACAAACUCAGAUCAAACAAAUCAAACCCCUGUUAUCAGCCUCAUCGCGGCUGGGACGGGCGUUGGCAGAGUUGUUUGGUCUAUUAGUGAAACUGUGUGUGGGGUCUCCAAUAAGACACAGGAGGAGUCACCAGAUCCCACCCCCACCCACCACCCCCUCUCCGGCAGCAAGGGCGGUAGCCUCUGCGCUCAUGAAGCUGCUGGGUAACGGGUUGUCUUGGGAACCACCCCCAGCUGCCCCAGUGCCAAAGUUAAGGUUGACAUUCUUGAUUUGCUCAGUUGGUUUCACAGCCCCACUAUUAUUUGACAAUGACAAAUAUCCAUAUUAUCUGAUGCUGCAAAAGUUUUUAUCCUGUGGAGGACACGAUGCACUCUUCAAUGCCUUUGAGUGGGCGUUGUCGUGUGGUGGCUCAGUAAGUUUAGACGAAGGGUUGGAGACCCCAGAGCUGCCAGACGGUACAGGGGAGUUCCUGGAUGCCUGGCUCAUGCUGAUAGAGAAGAUGGUGAACACCAAGCACAUCCUGGAGUCUCCACACAAACUGCCAGCCAAGUCCACACAGCCCGGCUUUGUGCCCUUCAGUUCUGUGCAAUAUCUAGUACAUACUCAAAAGGCUGCUUUCCAAGCUGUGAUGCAUCUGUGGGGCAGGAAGCCACUGAAAGUGUAUGGCAGCCGUAUGUCAGAGUCCAUCCUGGCCAUCUUGUGCCACAUUAUCAAAGGGGAAGCUGUGAUCAAGGAAAAACUGGCCAAAGAAUUGGAGGAAAGUGGCUCAGAGCAAGCAUCUGCGUCUGGUUCUAGCACAGGUGUAGGUGGCACUGCUGCAGCUCCAGUUGUUCCGCCAGUCAGACAGGAGCCCGAGCUGAAUCCACAGCACCUGCAACAGUUGAUGGACAUGGGGUUCACCCGUGAACACUGUGCUGAUGCUCUCCUCCACACUACAGGACUGGAGCAGGCCACAGAAUACCUGCUGACCCACCCUGUCCCUGCACCAGCACUACAGGUGAGUGGUCUCCAGGACAGCCUGGGUCUAGAUGUAGACAUGGUGGAGACAGAGGAGGACCAGAUGAUGAGAGCUAUAGCCAUGUCUCUGGGAGAGAAUGUUAUCAUGUCUACUGAUGGGCAGGACCAGCAGAAGAAAGAGGAGGAAGAAAAGAAAAAGAAAGAGCAAGAAGAGGUUGAGCAGGAUAAACAGAGAAAGGAAGAUCCAUUAGAAAAAGAAGUUAUUGACCACUUCACUGACACUAUGAUUCCAGGUUGUCUGAAGCUGCUUGACACCCUACCAGAGACAGUGUACAGAGUGUGUGACCUGUUAGUGGUGGUGACACAGAGGAAUGGAGACAAGUGGAGAGCUAACAUGCUGGAGUGUAUAGCACACGAGAUCUCUGUCUGUGCCAGUAAGAUCCUGGAGGCCUGUCAACCCUUAACCACAUCUGACACCAGGACAGUGUCCGAGUGGGCCAGUGGACUGUCCAGCAUGCCAGAGGCUAGUAGACUGGCCACCAGGCUACACCUGCUCACUUUACUGGCUGAGGAAAUGAAAAUGCCGUGUGCGGAGGCCAUGGAGAGGUCAAACAUCCUGGAACUCCUGGUCCAGACCCUUGACGCAGCCCAGCAGUGCCUCAGUGCAGCCAAACUCACUACUACUCCUAAGUGGCUAGCUGCCCUGUUGUUGCUGAUAGACCUGUAUGAAAAGAUGUCCAUGGUGUCCAAGAGAAGGAUGGCCGCUGAGGCUGUACUGGGUGACAGUCACACCUGGAAGUGGUUUGAUGACAGGACGGGAAGGUGGUGUAACUGCAGUGUCAACAACAACAAGACCAUAGAUGACUCUUACAGGGCAGGGGAAGCCAGCGUCAGAUUUACAGCUGGCAGGAGAAGAUACAUUGUCCAUUUCAACACCAUGAUUCAGGUCAAUGAGGAGACUGGUAAUCGCAGGCCUAUAAUGUUGUCCUUACCAUCUAAAGAGGAGAAAGAAAAAGAUAAGAAGGAAGAGGAAGUAGGGGCAGCAUUGGGAGGAGUUGAAAAGACUGGAGUAGGGAAGGUAGAGGAAAAGAAAGAUGAAAAGAUGGAAACGGAGGAAACAAAGAAGACGUCAAAGUUUGUGAAGGGGUUGACACCAGAACAGAUCAAUACUAUUGUCAGGGCCUCAGUAGGCAUGAUAGCCAUCCCAGUGGAACCUGACACCCUGCAUGCUGUGAUGAGACUCUGUCUGCGCGUGACGCGUGAACACCAGCACUCACUCACUUUCACACAGCUGGGCGGUGCCCGUCUCCUCCUCAACCUGACGCAGGCCUCGGCAUUCCAAGGGUUCACCUCCCUGGCCACCCUGCUGCUGAGACAUGUACUGGAGGACCCGGCCAACCUCAGGCAUACCAUGGAAAAGGUUGUGAGAACUGCCGCUGCAGGUACUGGCUCCAGUAUGAAUGGAGUGGCACAAGGCAGUAUAGGAGCCAAAGAAAUGCACUAUGUCCUCAGAGCCCUGGGUCCAGCAGCUUGCCGACAGCCAGAACUCUUCAAGGAGGUGGCACAGAAUGUUCUCAGAAUUGCUCUUCCACCACCAUCCAAGAGAGAUGAGGAUGACUCUAGAAUCACAGGCCCCAAUGCUGCUCAGAUCCUGAAGACAGUGCCAGUGAAGCAAAGUAAACCUGUAGAUGUGGCACUGGCCAUGAAGCAGGUCACCAAGGAUCUGCUGGAUGCCCUGGCUGUCAAAUAUACCUGGUUACAAGAAGAGAAUGAGAAGGAAGAAGGAGGACGUUCCCCCCAGACCAUAGCUGAGGCUAUCCAGGAGGUGGUGACAGAGGUGACACGGGAGCUAUCAGGACGCGGAGGAAUGCUGAGACAGGACAGCUCUGUGGACCUCCAGCAGCAAGAUGAUGACACUACUCAGGCCCAAACAGAUCAAAAUGCGACAGAGGCUGGCCAGUCCACCAGCGGCCAGGACAAAGAGGCUGAGAAAGACCGAGAGAAGAAGGCUGCAGAAGAAGAGAAAAAGAAGCGCCCCCUAUUGUUGAAGUCUGCCAUCUUGCGCCUGUUGGCAGAGCUGGUUCGCUCAUACUCUGGCUGUGCUCAACUUAUUACUUCCCAUACAUAUCAGUCAGGACAGACUGAGUUAGUCAGCGAGGACUGCAAUGUCCUCGCGUUCCUGUUAGACAAUCUCCUGCCCAAUACUCAGACCACAGGUGACCGGGACUGCCCGGCCCUGGCCAGGGUCCUGUUGGCCAGCCUGGCCGCCUGCAACCACAGUCCAGAGGCACAAAACACUCUAGUCAGCGAGGUGAAGGCUGCCCUGCAGAGGGCGCUGGCCUUACCCGAGAGCUCGGUCAAACACGCCAGAGUCCAGGCCCUAACCGGGAUGAUCAGCACCAUGAUCGAGUCCUGUCCCACUCCGGGACACAUCCCAAACCAGGUGUUCAAGGGACAGCAGUCCCACGUGAACCAGAUGGUGAAGGUGCUGUUGAAGAAGGGGCUGGUGAUGGACCUAGCCAGGGUCCCCCACAGCCUGGACCUGUCCAGCCCCCACAUGGCCACCACGGUGAACACAGCCCUGAAGCCCCUGGAGACCCUGUCCAGGAUUGUGAACUCCCCUACUGUACAGACACAGAGGCAGGCCAAGCAGAAGGGGACAGGGGUGGCUGCUCUACAGAGUGCUGAGCAGGUGGCUAAUAAUAUACAGGAAGGUGAAGAGCUCAGUCAAAACACCUCAACAGUGGAGCCCUCAGAUGAAACACUAGAGGGAGCUGCUGAAGAAGACACCCAAGAGGAACCAGAUACACAAGAGGAACUAGAAAUCUCAGAUAUGCCACCUAUGGACGAGUCUGAAAUCCGAGAAGCUCAGGAUGAGGAAUUUCAGGACAUGUUUGACCAACUGAUUCAGCGUGAUCGUGGUGGCCAUGGAGAAAAUGAGGUGCUAGCAGAGAUGAUUAUAGAACCAGAUGAGCCCAGUCAACUGCUGACACAGACAGACGAUGGGGACGAAGUUCUCGUAGACGUGGAAGUUGACACAGAUGAUGUGGAUCCUCAUGAUUCUCAGAUGAUAACGCAGGAAAUAUCAGAUGAUGAAGUGGACAAUACUCAUGUUGAAGACGACCACCCAGAAUCAGAUGAUCACCAGUCUGAUGCUGAUGAUGACGAUGACGAUGAAGAUGACCAUGACGAGGACGAAGAUGAGGACAACGAAGAGGAGGAGGAGGAUAAUGACGAUGAUGAGGAUGAUGAUGAAGAGGAUAUUGAGGAUGAUGAGGGCUCUGACAUGGAAGCUUACAAUGAUGAUAUGCCUGAAUUGGAAAGUGACAUGCAUGAUGAUGAUCUUUUCUUGCAGCUAGAAGAGAUGUUCCCGCCUGGACAACACAUAAUACUUGGGGGAGACACUGUCGGCAGCAGAAUUCGCACCUAUCAACUUCCUGUCUCAGUACAUGACCAAGACAAUGGGAACGACAAUGUUAACAUGUUCCCGUCUGUUCCGCCUGCACCCAGCAAUGUAACCGCCAUGCAUCCUCUCCUGGUGCGUACAGCAGACAUCCACGGAGCGGCGGGCUCGGUGGCAGCCCGCGUGCACAGGACAGGCCGCCAGAGAGGGACGUACAGGUACAACCCUAGUACACAGACACUGCAUGUGCACUACCCAGGGAACUCCCUCAGGCAGCAGCCCAACCCCCCAGCAAUACUUCAGAGGUUGCUGGGUCCUUCCACUGCGGCCGAUGUCCUGCAGCUGACCAAUACACUGUCUCACAACACGGGUGGUGGACACGCGCGGAUUGUGGUACGGGAUGACGACUUCAGGGUCAUGUCCAGAGAUGAUGACUUCUUCUUUGAGGAGAUAUUUCAGGACCCUUAUAUGGAGACUGGGGCCGGUUCCAGUGUGUUGACCAGUAUCCCCUCAGCACUGACCAGAUGGACAGAGGAGUCCAGGGUGCUGGAUGGGGACAGCAUUAAUGAUUGUGUCACAGCAUUGAAGCCAGACAUAGUGUCCACCCUGGAGAAGUACCGUGAUGAGGAGCUGGCUGAGAGGAAGGAGAAGAGGAAGAAGGCGGCAGAGGAGGAGGCUGCCAAAAAAGAUAAGGACAAACAGGAGAAGACUGGAAAGAAAGAUGAUGGGAAUAAGACCAUAGAAUGGGGCUCCUCGCCCAGGUUUAGAGGUCCACUGACAGCUACAGGCAGUUCCAGCAGCAGCAGUGCCACAGUGACUACAGCUGCUUCCACUACGUCAACAGUUUCCAGUGAUACUACACUAACACCCUUAUCAACAGCAUCAAGUACAACAGUGACAACAGCAGCAGCAACAACUGCAGCAAGUGUAUCUUCUUCCACUGACAGCACUCGGUCCACAGGAGAAACCUCCACAGCAGAAAGAAUAGCCACUGCUAUAGUGGAGGAAGUUCUAGGCUCCACUCUACCCACAUCCUCUGCCUCGGUUCCCGCCAUGACCUCUAGUACAGUAAACCCUCUAGGAGUCAGGAUAGACAGCUCAGCAAGUUCUCCAUUACUAACAACAGCCCAGGAGUAUGCCAGCAUCAUGUCGGCCCCCCUGCCACAGAUGAUGCAAACCCCAGCUGUAGGGAUGAGGUUGCCCAUUGUUACACCAGGGGCUCCAGGACCACAGCAGAGGGUUGCCCCUGCCACUGACAACUACACCCCACGGGUGGCCCCCCUGAUGGAGUCCCCCAUGGACACUGUGAUGCCCCCAGCAGAAAGCCUAGUCACAGCAGAACAGGCUAGAGCCAACAGACUAAUCACAGAGCUUUUGAAUGAGGGAGAGUCUGGCAUCCAGAGACUAGAUCGACUGACAGGACAGGUAACUCAGGGUGGAGGUAGCAGUAGUAGCAACAACAGCAGCAGCCAACCUUCUAGCCAGCAGAUACAAGUUUCUCAGAGUAUAAGCUCUGCUCUCCAGGCUCUGGGCAGUCUUGGAGCCAGGGUGGCUUCUGGUGGACAGAUGACUACUUCUACCAGCAGUAACACAGCAUUGACGGUAGAGGGAGCUGUGAGCCAAGAGGGAACUGCCUCAACUGCAAGUUCUAGUGCCUCUUCUGCUACAAGUAGUGCCUCAGCAGCUCCUAUAGCCUCAGCAUUACUGGAUGAUGGGGCCAAUUCUCUGGGAAAUAAUGCUGACCAGUCUACAAACAAUGAGUCGGGUCUUCCCGAUGGCGUAGAUCCAUCUUUCCUGGCAGCCCUGCCAGAGAAUAUACGUCAGGAAGUGAUAGCAGAGCAGCUCCGCCUGCAGCGAAUACAGCAGCGUGCCCGAGAACAAUCUCAGCAGGCACAGGAGUCUGGAGUGAUGGAUGUCAGCCCCGAGUUCCUGGCUGCCCUGCCACCCAAUAUCCAGGAAGAGGUGCUAGCACAGCAGAGGGCAGAGCAGGCACGACUCUCAGCACAGGCAGCCAGAGAAAACCCAGAACAACCAGUAGAUCCCGCUGGCUUCAUCUCCUCUCUACCUACAUCCUUACGCCAGCAGGUCUUGGCGGAUAUGGAUGACAGCAUGGUGGCCGUGUUACCUGCAGAGCUGGCAGCUGAGGCCCAGGCGUUACGGCGGGAGCUGGAGGAUCGCCAUCGCCGCAUCAUGCAGGAGCGUCUCUUUUCUCAGGGUGCAGGAUCUUUGUCAGCCAUCUUGAGACAUUCUGGACUGGCAGGUCGUAUAGGUGGGAGGUACCCUAUCCAGUCCUCUCGCCCCAGGAACCAGUGGGCCUGGGUGGGUGGUGGACGGCAUGGACAGGCCCUCCCCACCAGCUCUGGGAAUGCCAUCAAGCUUAGGGGGCGCCACCUCCUGGACCACGAUGCUCUCACUUGUUUACUAGUAUUACUGUUUGUGGACGAGCCAAAACUGAACACAAGUAGACUUCACAGGGUGCUAAGGAAUAUGUGCUAUCACCAGCCCACGCGGACGUGGACGGUAAGGGCACUGUUGUCCAUAUUGCAAAGGACACACGACUGCAGGAUGGACACUGACGAGAGACAGAAUGCUGUGGCAGGUAAAUCUAGUGAGAAAUUGAAAAAGAAAUCCAGCCAACAAAGUGGCACGUCGCUCAAUGUUAGUGACUCUCCAGGCAUUGUCCGGAGUGACUCUAUGAGCAGGACUACACAGCCGUCUUGGCUUUCAAUCAGUAUGGACGCAGCCCUGGGCUGUCGUGCUAACGUCUUCCAAAUCCAGCGAUUGGGGAAGAAGCACAGUUCUGUUGGAAAUGCUAGUGUUCAUAUUCACCCUCAGGCAGCACCACUUGUGUGCCGACAUGUGCUUGACACUCUUAUCUCAUUGGCUAAAAGUUUCCCAGCACAUUUCUUACCUUCUAAAGCAAAAGAGGCAUCUUGCGCCAAAGACAGUAGCAAGAGUAAAGAGCAGCAAGAGAAAGAUGCCAACAGCAAGGAAGCACACACUAAAACUCCUGUUCAGAGUCUAAGCCAGAACAAACUAGAAAAAGAUACAAAACAGGACUUGGAUUUCUGGGAAAUCUUAGUGAAGCUCGACAACCUCAGUGGCAGCAAGAAAGGAAAAGGGGUCACCAAGUCUCACUUAGCAGGCAGCAUGGAAGGGGAGAGAGAGGAGACAUCUUUUGACUCAUCUCCCAUUGGUCAGUUGAUGACCAUGUUGGCUCACCCGGUGGUGAAGAGCCGGCAAGCAUUAAUGGACAGGCUGUUGAGGUUGUUAGGUCUGGUAGCAGUGGGUCUGCCUGAUAUCACAGCACCUGCUACCACAGCAAGCUCUACUACAGCAACUUCUACAACCACCACUACUACUACAACCACAGUGGCAUCUACAGCAGGAACUACAACAACAGUAGCAGCAACAACAACAACCACAACGGCAUCAGUGACAACAUCAGCAGUACCAGUAGUGGCCCCAGCAGUUGAAGUGCCUCCCAUUGUGAGAGAAGGAGCCACGGAGCAGUUAGAACAAUCCACAGCACUGGUGACAGAUCUUAAUGAAACCAUGGAUGUGUCCCAUGCUCCAGCUGAGCACAUGACAUCCACUCCAUUACCAGGUCCCCAGGUUCACAAAGAAAAAGCAGUCACAAAACCAGAGGAAAAGAAGGAGGAGCCAGUGGAGCAAAAGGCGGAGCAUCCUGUCUUAGAGGCACAGCUUCAUUUGGCAGUGCAGGUAUCAGGACAUGGAGAGUGAGGACUAUGCUUUUUUCCAGGGAAUGGUUUUCCUCAUGGAGCAUGACAUCAAAGAUUUGGGCUAUGAUCUCACAUUUAGCACAGAGAUCCAAGAAUUUGGUGUGACAGAAGUGCGAGACUUAAUCCCCAACGGACGUAAUAUCCUGGUGACGGAGGAAAACAAGCGGGAGUAUGUGCGUCUGGUGUGUCAGAUGAAAAUGACAGGAGCCAUUCGCAAGCAGAUUAGUGCUUUCCUGGAAGGAUUCUACGACAUCAUACCAAAGAAGUUAAUCUCCAUCUUUAAUGAGCAGGAGCUGGAGUUGUUGAUAUCCGGCCUACCCACCAUUGAUAUUGAUGACCUUAAAUCCAACUCGGAGUACCACAAAUAUCAGUCAAAUUCUCUGCAGAUCCAGUGGUUCUGGCGAGCCUUGCGUUCCUUUGACCAGGCAGACAGGGCACGCUUCCUGCAGUUUGUGACGGGGACGUCCAAGGUUCCUCUGCAGGGCUUUGCUCACCUGGAGGGGAUGAAUGGCACACAGAAGUUCCAGAUCCACAGGGAUGACCGGUCUACUGAUAGGCUGCCCACUGCACACACAUGCUUCAACCAGCUAGAUCUGCCAGCCUAUGAGACCUAUGACAAGCUGCGUAACAUGCUGUUGCUGGCCAUCAAUGAGUGCUCGGAGGGAUUUGGAUUAGCCUAACUCAUUAACCUGCCCAGCAGUAUGGAGUGAGCUUAACCUGGGUGGAACAUUUCUUGAGAUCAUUCUAUGUGAAUAAGUGGAAUAUUUAUGGAAGGAUUAUAUGUACAUUUCAAAUACAAUUGAAUGGUGAUUCGAAAGAAGGUUUGGAAUGUUAUGAUGACCUUUGUAAAAAAAUCCGCUUUUUAAAUCUAAUCGUAUUGAAAUAUUCAAAAAGGGGAUUGUGGCAAGUUUUAAGCUGUGAUUGGACUUAUUUUCUGCUCAAGGCAAAUGAUGAUUUACCUUUAGAGAAGUGAACUUUUGUGUUAAAAAUAUCUUAAGAAAAGUUCAGGAAUUCAAGUAGAGUGCAGAGGAGUGCUCUUAUCCAGCAAGUCACAUUGCUUAGUACAUGUCAGAUGAGAAUGUGAACUUCUAGCACGAAUGACUCUGUAUGGUUGUAAUCUGAAGUCCUGUUGUCAUUUUGAAGCUGAAGUAACUGGAUCCAUUUUGUAGGAUAUUGUCACUGACAGAUAGUGCCAAACUGAGACUUGGGAGUAAUGAAGAAAAAUAAUACCUGUAAUAGGAAAAACUCUGCAAAGGCUGAGAAUUGGCACAGUAAUUCUGUCUACUAAAUUGGAGGGGGAAAACCCCCGGAUUGGGGUGGAGAGAGAUCUAGCUGUCUUUAUUAUAAGUCUUGGGAGUUUGUGUAAUUUCUGAGGUGUUGACUAUCACUAUUAAUACUAUACAUCAAAAUGUAAUGAAAUACAUAACAUGUAAAUGAAUAAAUGCUGUUCCACAACCCCUUGGGUGAAAAACUUCAUAUCAAUAAUUAUGAUGGCUUACUUGGCGCUUCUUUAAGUAAAUCUUAAGAUCCUGUUUAUUUUCAGCACUGCAAUAUAUUGGUGACAUUACUUUAUUUUUGAUCCUCCUGUGGAGGGGUUUUGUUUGUUGUUUUCUGUGAAAGGGAUAUGUAUGUCCAACGUAUGAUUAGAUUUUUUUGCCAAAAAUGUGUUAUAGUAACUGGACAUGUCCCUAAAAUGUUACAUAUAUAAAUAUGCUGUUUGUUCUUGUAUUUUGUCAGUUGUUCAAGGGACAGAAUGUCAUAUAUGUGAAAAUGAUUGCAAGUGUAAUAUAAAAUGAAAGGUUGACACUUAGUCAAGAAGAUAUUUAGAUUCCACGUUAUUUGCUUUGGGUUAAAUGAAAAAAAAAUCUGAGAAUUCUGCUAAAAAUGUACUUUAUUAUAUGUGCAAAUAAAGCAACUAUGCUUGUUUGUUACAAGA